GCGAAGCCUUGGCGAAAAGCAGGGCCACGCCGGCGCCCCGCAGCGGGCGCGGCGUCGGCGCCCUGGCGAUCUGGGGCAACGUGCCGCUCUACGCCAUGACCUGCCCGUUCACCGGCGACGUCCGCCAGGCUGGGGAGGACGUGAGGCGAAAGAUGAGGCUGACGCAG